AAAAAGAAGAAGCACUUAUAAGAGCUAUAGCGGCAGCGAUUGAGUUCUGCUGGAAAGUGGUGUGCUUGGAAAGAUUACUUGAAGAGUUGUGAAAAUAAAACUAAGAAGUAUAAUUACCAUCAGUUGCGAAAGUUUUAAAUGUUAAUUGUUAAAAGUAUUAGUAUAAUAUAAACUAUGGCAACAGUUGGCGAGUUAAAGACUGGGGAUCUAACCGAGGCUGGAGUAAAGCCGCCGCCAGCAAAGACCACGAGUCUCGCCAGUGACUUGCGACAGUUUCGUCUAAACAAAGCAGUUCCUGCAGCCAAUAAGACAGAACGAGUGCCAGGUAAAAAACGUAUACAGGUAAUGGCGGAUAGCGAUAGCGAUGGUGCUGCCGACAGUCAUACCCCCAAAAAAGUGAAAUUGGAAUUAUCUGUUAAAGAAAAGGAGGACCGGUAUUUGGCUGCUGUUAAAAUAGCACCUAAUUACGAUGCAAUGGAUAUACAAGAUGCACUGGUGCGUAACGACUGGAACGUUUCCGAAGCAUUGCGCUACCUAAAGGAGCAUUUCAAGCCAAAACCUAAUUCCUACGCUAACAAAACUUCCUCAGUGAAUAAUGCCCGCGGAAAUGUUAAACCUUCUCAAAAUGGCAGCUCUUCUCGUUCAAAAGCACAAGCACAAAACUAUUCAGAUUGUGAGGACUCGGACGAUGAAGUACGUGCAUCCACCGACCAAGUGUAUGACAGUGAAGAGAGUGAUACCGAAACAUCAAACGAAAUGACAGGACAGCGGAAGAAAGUGUUUGAUUUUAUGAAUAAAGCAACGUUGAUGGAAUUACAAACGGUAAAGAUGCUGUCCGAAAGAAAGGCAAACUUAAUUAUGGAAUUGCGUCCUUUCAAAGAUUGGAAAGAUUUACUAAAAAAGUUGGAAUCCAAUAAAUCACUCUCGGCAGAUUUGUUAAAUUUGGCACAAGAAUUGAUUAAUAAACAAAACAAUGUGGCUAAUAUAUUAGAGAAAUGCAACAAAAUGGUAAAACGUUUGGAGGCGGCAAUUGAAACUGGCGCAGGCAUAGUAGAACAGCCAAAACUACUUAACAAAGAAAUGAAAUUAGCUGACUACCAAAUGAUUGGUCUCAAUUGGUUGACGGUGAUGCAUAAUCAGAAAAUGAACGGCAUCCUCGCAGAUGAGAUGGGACUAGGAAAAACUAUACAAGUUAUUGCAUUUUUGGCGUAUCUGAAGGAGAACAAUUUGUCCAAAGGCGCGCAUUUAAUUGUUGUUCCAUCCUCCACGCUGGACAAUUGGGAAGCAGAAAUAAGCAAGUGGUGUCCAAUCUUAAAAGUAGAAAAAUAUCAUGGUAAUCAAGAUGAACGAAGGCGCAUGCGUGUACGCUAUGCCAAAGAUGGCUUUACAGGCUUCGAUGUGUUACUGACAACUUACCACAUAGUCAGUUCAACGCCAGAGGAAUGCAAAAUGUUUCGCGUAUGUAAGCUACACUAUGUUAUUUUCGAUGAGGCGCACAUGUUGAAAAAUAUGACCACCCAACGCUAUGCUAAUUUGAUAAAAAUAAACGCUGAAAUGCGCAUUUUACUUACUGGUACGCCGUUACAAAAUAAUCUACUCGAAUUAAUGUCACUACUUUGCUUUGUGAUGCCGUCAUUCUUCGCCAAAAGCAUUGAGGACAUAAAGAGCCUUUUCGCCAAGAAAGGCAAGCCUGAGAGUGCUAAUAAAGAUGUGUCGCAGUUCCAGGAAACUCAAGUGGAACGCGCCAAACGUAUUAUGAAGCCAUUUGUCCUGAGGCGUCUCAAAAAAGACGUACUUAAUAAUUUGCCCAAAAAAGAGUCUUUCACUAUCAAAGUUCCGAUGAGUGAAACGCAAAAACAAUACUAUCACGAGCUGGUUGAUUACUAUUCAAAUAGGAAGGGUGAGAUUUGUAGCGGUGAUCGUGCAGGUGUAACCAUUAUGAUGGAAAUGCGAAAAGCUGCCAAUCAUCCGCUUUUAAUGCGGCACUAUUUCAGUGAUGAAACGUUGCAAAAACUUUCAGAGCGUUUAGCCUGUGCGCCGACUUUUAAGAAAUCAAAUCCACAGUAUAUAUUCGAAGAGCUGGCGAUAAUGUCAGACUUGCAAGUAAUGCAAUUAUGUAGAAAACAUGAUUUAUAUGAUAUUACCAUACCACCAAGUUUAAUAUGCGACUCUGGAAAAUUCCAACAUCUCGAUACGCUAUUGCCCAAAUUAAAAGAGGAGGGUCAUCGCGUUUUGAUAUUCAGCCAGUUUACGAUGAUGUUGGAUAUUGUGGAGUAUUAUUUGAAGAUAAAAAAACAUGGUUAUUUCCGUCUGGACGGUUCAACUGCAGUUGACGAACGACAAGAUAUGAUAAAUGAUUUUAAUGCAGACUCAGGCGUUUUUAUAUUUUUAUUGUCAACGAAAGCUGGAGGUGUUGGCAUAAAUCUGACAGCGGCCGACACGUGCAUCAUACAUGAUAUUGAUUUUAAUCCCUACAACGAUAAGCAGGCUGAAGAUCGUUGUCAUCGUAUGGGGCAAACACGUGAAGUUACAAUAUAUCGUUUGAUCUCUGAAAGCACUAUCGAAGAGGGUAUGCAGUUGGUAGCAGAAGAAAAGCUGAAAUUAGAAAAAGAAAUCACUUCAAAUGAGAAAGGUGAAGUGCAAGAGCAAAAAUGUGUUGUACGGCUACUCACCAUGGCUCUGGGUCUAGAUAAAGAUGAGGAGGAACGUUUAAAUAAUUCUAUGAACAGCUCAUUGAGUACUUCCAUGUAAUAUGAUGGGGGGAAAAUUUAAUUCCAUACAAAGCAAAAAGCAAAAGUGAAUGUGAGGUUUUGUGAACAUUUAUUGGUGUAAUUUUAAAAUUUUAAAUGUUCGGAUUGUACAUGAAUAUGUUGCGCGCAACUACGAAUCACAUUCCCAAAAAAUUCCGGAUAUACGAAAAAGUGUUAUGAAUUUAUAUUGUAUGGUAAUGCGUAAGAUUAAAUUUUCCAAAACAAAAAUAUA